AUGGACCUCCUUUCCGCCUUCAUCCUCGCGACACUGGUCGUGGUCGCCCUCUGUUUCCUCGGAAUCCACUAUCGACGAUCUCUCCGACGUGGCUGGACAAAAUUCUCAAACACCACAGCCUACACAUGGGCUCGUCCGGUCAUGGUCGCGUUUCUGAAGGUCUUCCUGAGCGGUAUGGAGAAGGCCGCAACGGAGAUCAUCAAGGAGAUCGCUCUGGUAAUCUGGAGAGGAAUGACGGGCUUUCCGAAGCCUUGUGCCGCUCAGGGCGGUGCAGGUGGACGUUGCCCUGAUGAGCCCAUCGUGGUUCACAGAGGGUGUCUCACCCGACGGUGUCUUCUUUUGACAAUCUCCGACGCCCCGGUCCUUGGGCUCCAGCGGGGGACCUCAAAAAUUAUGUGCUCUCACGGGAGCUUUUUGGACGACGAAUUCUCUUACGACAUCUUACAUCACGGUAUCUUGCUUCACGACAUCUUGCUUCAUGGCAUCUUGCUUCAUGGCAUCUUGCUUCACGACAUCCUCCACAUUGGCAACCUGUAUGACAGCCUCUUCCAUCAUGGAUCUCUUACUGUGUCUCCUCCAUCACGGCAUCUUCUACGACGACGUCCUGACCAAGAGACUCUCUGCCAUGGCUAUCCCCUAUCAUGA